UAGUUGAAGCGGGGACGGAACAGCAGUCCCGUGCAGAAUUCUCUUGUGUGUGUACCUGGGUGUGACAGUGCGAGGGAGAAUCGGAGAAGACGAGCGCGAGAGAUGAUAAGGGCGGCGUCUCCGCGGCCUCCGUCCGCCGUGCAGCUACGCAGCUCCGCCGCCUCCUCCUCCUCCGCGUGCCCCUUCAGGGCCAGGGGGUCCGGAAGUAGGGUCGCGGCGACAGGUGGGAGGAGGAGGAACGCCAUCUCCUGCUGCGCGUCUGACGACCGGGAGGGGGCCCGCGGCGCGGCGGCUCCGGCUCCGGUUCCCACGGCUCCUUCCGACGGAUCGAUACAGCUCUACUCCCAGAUCGAGAAGGUGAUCACGGAGGCGGCGAAGCAGUCCAACCAGGGUUGGAGCUCCACCGGAGAUUGGACCGAAAUCGAGGGGGCGUGGGUGUUGAGGCCCAAGUCCUCGGAGCCCUCGUUUGUCGUUCAUUUCAUUGGUGGGAUUUUCGUCGGGGCCGCGCCACAGGUCACGUACCGCUACUUCCUCGAGCGUCUCGCAGACAAGGGAGCUUUGGUGAUUGCUACACCAUAUGCUAGUGGCUUCGAUCAUUUCUUCAUCGCAGACCAAGUUCAAUUUAAGUUUGACAGGUGCUUGAGAAACUUGGUAGAACCUGUAAAUGACCUUCCCACAUUUGGUGUUGGACACUCGCUGGGAUCCGUCAUCCAUCUUCUGAUUGGAUCAAGAUAUGCUGUGCAGCGAAGUGGAAACAUACUGAUGUCAUUCAAUAACAAGGAGGCAAGCCUGGCGAUUCCAUUAUUUUCACCUGUAAUCGUUCCCAUGGCACAGAGUUUUGGCCCAAUAUUAUCCCAGCUGACAUCAUCUCCAACAAUUCGUUUUGGGGCUGAAGCGGCUAUUAAGCAAAUUGAGAAUCUAGGCCCUCCUGUUGUUAAGCAACUUCUUCCCUUAAUUCAACAACUUCCUCCACUGUAUAUGGACUUGGUAAAGGGCCGAGAAGACUUCAUCCCAAAACCAGAGGAGACACGCCGGCUGAUAAAAUCCUACUACGGAAUAUCUCGAAAUCUCCUAGUAAAGUUCGAAGAUGACCAAAUUGAUGAAACCUCUAUCAUUGCACAAGUGCUAAGCUCUGAAUCUGCCAUUAGCUCACAGCUUGAUAUGUCGAUUCGCUCACUUCCUGGGGAUCAUGGCCUUCCAUUGCAACAGGUACUUCCUGACGUUCCACCAGGAAUGGCUGAUGCAGUGAGCCGUGGAGGUGAACUCCUGGCAAAUCUCACAACAGGCACACCAUGGGAGGCUGUUGCUAAGGAGGUAGGUACCACUUUUGGCACUGACUCUGGCGUUCUGCGAACACAAGUACCCGAGGAUGUCAAUGCACUUGUGGAUGUAAUUGUUUCAUGGGUAGCUUCAAAUUCUGGCCCCAAACUACUUCGUUCAUGACCACCCACAAUGCUUGGGGAUGUAAAUAACAGUGUAGAACUGCGGGGUUUACUGACUACUGACGAAUUAUGAGUAAUGGAAAUUUUGGAUCGCAUGUCAGGGCUAUAUUUUAAUUGCCGAGAUUCAUA